AUGAAUGAAUAUAAAGUAAUCAAAAGAAAAAAUUUAAAAGAAAAUCCUUUAGAACAUAGAGAUGAAAUUCUUUCUAUCAAAAUAGCAUUUCCACAUAUUGACAAAAUCAUUAGACCCCAAGAAAAAUUAAAUAAAAGAAACCUAUCAAUUAAUGAAUUAAAUUAUGAUUCUGAUCUAUAUUUAGAUGAUUCAGAUUAUACCUGUAAAAGAAAAAAAGUUAAAUAUAUUAAAGAACCAAAACAGAUUAAACAAGAAAAUAAUAAUUUCGAUCAAGAACAAAUUAAACUAUUUUUGGGUCUCAAAAGCAAGAUACACAACACUAAAAUAUUUGAUGAGAUUAUUACCAAAAUUGAUAAAAAAUAUACAAAAAUAUUUCGUGAUUUAAUAAUAAACACAUUAACAGUUAAUGAUAGCAGACUAGGAGAAGAAUAUAAAAUUGUAAAAAUAGAUGAAUCAAAAUUUAAAAAAGAUGUUUCAUGGUGGGUUGUAGAAUUAACUGAAAGAAAAACUAACAAAUGUUAUUUUGAAGUUGUAAAAGAUAGAAAUGCAAAUACUCUUACAAGAAUCAUAAGAAAGCAUGUUAUUUCAAGUACAAAAAUCUAUUCAGAUAAUUGGCAUGGUUAUCAGAAUUUAGAAAAAUUAGGAAUAAAAUAUAUUCGAGUAAAUCAUUCAAAGCAAUUAACACAAAAACAAAGAUUAAAAAAAUUUAUAGCAACACUAUAG